GAUACAUUGAUUGCAAGUUAGUUACCCCCUCUCUCUCUCCAGUCUCCACUCACUCUGCAAAACCUCUCACUCGCUGUUUGGUCCUCUGUCUACUCUAAUGGCGGAAACUGUUCAAAUAGAAAGCCGGAAGAAGAAGAGGAAGAAGAGGAAGGAGGACACUGCAGAAGUUGGGGAAGAGUGGGAGGAAUUUGUUUCUGGAGACGAUAAAGAUGAUGGAGAAGGAGAAAGAGUUGUGCCCAGUUGGGACAAGGGCAAGAAGAGGAAGAGAUUUGUGGAAGAAAAGGAAGAGAGGUCUGAGCUUCGUCAGGACCCUCUAGUUGUUUUUGGCUCGGAUAUCAUGUUGAUGAUAUUGAGCCGUCUGGAUGCACGCAGCGUGGCACUUUCACUCCUUGUCUCUCAUGGAUGGCAUGGAGUUGCUUCCAGCGAUAGGCUCUGGAGCAGUAAGUUGAAGGAAUUGUGGCUCGGGAAAGCACACAUACCUUGUUCAUCGCAAGUUCGAGGAAUAUCAAAGUUGGCUGCUUAUUCGUUGUCUGUCUUGGACGCCAAACGUAUCCGCAUCAUGAAGGAGGACCUCUGUGAUCAUGUCUGGGAAUUUCGUUUUACCAAGGCUGCUCCUGAAUAUUGGCGGAAUCUGGAUCCUUUUUGGAAAGGCACAGGCCCUUCUAUGCGCCGCUACUUCCAGCCAGAUGGAACCCAAACUGCAGAUUCCGGUGACCAGGUCUGGGGUGGUCACGAGUGUACUUAUUCAAUAGUUACCAGCUUUGUAGGAGAGGGAAGGAUCAGGGAACACUAUGUAAGGAUAAAUAGAUGGCCCCAAAUGUCUGUGUCAAGGAAGCAGGACUGGAGCUGGGAGCUAGGCAACCACUUGUACUGUUACUCAAGCAUCCCCGAUGCUGAUAAGGAGGGUGGCACUGGACCGUUUUUUCCAGUGUGGUAAGUUGAUAGCAAGGAAACUAUCAGCAUCCUCAUCCCUGUCAGGGUUUCAGUUUAGAGUAUAUAUGGUU